AUGGCUAAACUGAUCAAGAAGCAUCCUACAGUUAAAUCUAUUUCUCAUAAGCAAGUUCAUUCAACUCUAUAUCUUAAAUCAAAGACACCUUAUGUCAGUGCACUCAAGAGAAUUAACAAGUUUUUAGCCAAUGUUAAUAGAACCGGUUCCACAUAUGUUAUAGUGCUGGGAAUGGGUAAAGCUGUGGAAAAGGCAUUAAGUCUUGCGUGCCAUUUUCAAGACCAGUUACAGAAGAGAGUCGAAAUUCUGACCAAGAGUGUAGAUGUAAUGGACGAAUUGUCCAACGACGAUGAUGACGAUCCACCAGACGUGGAUACUGAAUUGCGAAAAAGGACUAUCAGCGGUGUGGAAAUUCGAAUAUACCCAUGA